AAGACAUAUGAGGUUAAUCAGUGGUCCUUAUAAAUGUCUCCACAAAAACAGAACAAUAGCAGCAACCGGAAAACAAAGAAGAAAAACUUAAUCAUGGCUCGGUUGACGUUCGUGACCUCCAUCAUCCUUCUGCUAUGCUCCGUUGCCGCUGGAUCAACUUUCGACGACUCCAACCCCAUUCAGAUGGUAUCCGAUGGCCUCACCGGCUUCGAAUCCUCCGUUCUUCGUGUCAUCGGUCACACUCGCCAUGCUCUCUCCUUCGCCCGUUUUGCAUACAAGCAUGGGAAGAGGUAUGAAAACGUGGAGGAGAUGAAGCUACGGUUUCAGAUUUUCGAAGACAACUUGGAUUUAAUCAGAUCCACUAACAAGAAGGGACUGCCUUAUACUCUUGCUGUCAAUCAGUUUACUGAUUGGAGCUGGGAAGAGUUCCAGAAACACAGAUUGGGGGCUGCUCAAAACUGCUCUGCUACCACAAAGGGCAAUCACCAGCUCACUGAUGUCGUCCUUCCUGAUUCGAAAGACUGGAGGCGAGUGGGCAUAGUUAGCCCAGUCAAAGAUCAAGGCUCUUGUGGAUCUUGCUGGACAUUCAGUACCACUGGAGCUCUUGAGGCAGCUUACCAUCAGGCAUUUGGAAAAGGGAUCUCCCUAUCUGAGCAGCAGCUUGUGGAUUGUGCUGGAGCUUUUAACAACUUCGGUUGCAACGGUGGGUUGCCAUCCCAAGCCUUUGAGUACAUCAAAUAUAACGGCGGCCUUGAUACAGAGGAGUCGUACCCUUACACUGCAACAAAUGGUCUAUGCAAAUUCUCUUCUGAAAGUGUUGGUGUUAAAGUCCUUGACUCUGUCAACAUUACCUUGGGUGCUGAAGAUGAAUUAAAGCAUGCAGUUGCCAUGGUCCGGCCUGUUAGUGUGGCAUUUGAAGUUGUCACUAGUUUCCGUUUUUACAAAAGUGGGGUUUAUACCAGUAAAACAUGUGGCAGCACACCCAUGGAUGUGAACCACGCUGUUCUUGCAGUUGGGUAUGGAGUCGAAAAUGGCGUUCCAUAUUGGCUCAUUAAGAACUCAUGGGGUGCAGAAUGGGGUGACAAUGGCUACUUCAAGAUGGAGAUGGGCAAAAACAUGUGCGGUGUGGCAACUUGUGCAUCAUACCCAAUUGUUGCUUGAUCCAAUCGAUGAACCGUGUUGGAUCAUGUCAUUUCUGUGUUAUAGAAGGCUUCUAGUUAUGGUCUACAAAUGUUGUUGUAGUUGUUCGGGGUGAUGGUCUAGUUGAAACCGAUGGGUUCAUGUACAAUAAGGAUCCAAAGACAUGUAAGAUGCAAAUCUGCUGUACACAACAAAGACAGGUGUAAAUUUUUAUGUUUUAAUGCUUGUAACAAUACAAAUGAA